AUGUCCAACCAAGCGGUCCAUUCUAGUUCACCGGCUUCCAUUUGGAGCCCUCGAUCCUCCUUCAGAUUGGCAUGCUUCAAUAUACGCACAUUACUACAGAUCGGUCAACAGGCACCACUUGCCCGAACAUUGGAGACCCUCUCGAUCGAUAUCUGCCGCUUAUCAGAGACCCGCCUGCAAGACGGGAGCACUGUGCUCACUCUGCGAUCCCCUUCAGGGGACGCAAGCAGUAUUUUCUCAUUGCGCCUAUCCGGUAACGAUGCAGCUUCGAGCACCGGCCAAGCUGGUGUUGGCAUUGCCCUGAGUCCCCUGAUUGAAGCUGCUCUGGUUGAUUGGAUUCCAAUCAGUAGCCGGAUGUGUGCGGUCCGAUUGGCUGGCUCGUUCAAAGCCUUGAAGUCGCGCGGGACUAAUAGGUGUGUAUUCAUCAUCACUGCCUACGCGCCCACAAACUGUAGCGAUGAUUCGGUAAAGAACGACUUCUACCGCCAACUGACCCAGCUCCUUCGCCGCAGAAGAAGCACGGACACUGUUGUGCAGGCGGGGGAUCUGAACGCACAAGUUGGAAAGUUGUCCACUGAUGAAAUGCAUCUGGGCGGUCAGCACGGUGUAGGCUCCUGUAAUGAUAACGCAGGCAAAUCCUCAUGUGGUAUGUCUAAUAGCCAACAUGGACAUUGGGUCACUUCACAGUCUCUGGAACUUAUCGACGCUCACCUGCAUAUCCCGGCUGGAAGCGAACACAAUGAAAGUCGCAAAGAGCUCCGGGCAAAACUCCGUGCUAGCCUGAAGAGAGACCGAGAAUCUUGGUGGUCUCAUCGUGCUUCAGAGAUGGAAGUGGCCACUGCCCUUGGAAACCAUAGUAAGUUAUUCCGUCUGAUACGGGAAACGGGCAGCAGGGGACCUGGUGUUGGUGAAACUAUACGUGGCGAGAGUGGACAGCCUAUCCACAAUUUGUCAAAACGUUUGGAGCGUUGGGCUGAGCAUUUUGAAAAGCAAUUUAAUCGGCUAGAAUUGUUCGAUUCUUCGCGGGCCACUGAUCGCCCUGCUCCGUGGGCCGUCCCUUUGGAUCCACCCUCUCGUUCAGAAGUCUAA